AUGGCAUCACCUGAUGGAAUAAGUUCAAGUCUUGAACUCAUACGCCAACACCUUCUUGGUGAUUUUGCUUUCAUGGAAAAUUAUGGCCCCUCCAUAUUCUUAGAAUCACAGAUUUCAACGACUUUCAGCAGUUCUACUUGUGGGAUCACAAACUCAAGUUCUGUCGUGACUGAAUCUUCUGUUAACUUCAUACCCUCUUUUGGAUUCGAAGCUCCGAAAAUUGAGCUCGAGCAUAUGGAAUUCGAAACAAAACCAGAAAUAAUUGCUACAAAUCCUCAAAAAGAGAGUGAAAGAAAAUUGGAGUGGGAAAAUAAAACUACAAAUGAUCACAGUACUGUGGAGGUAAAGGUUGAUGAAUUGAUGAAAAAUCAGGUUUUUGAGGAUCAGAGGAGACAUUACCGAGGCGUGAGGCAGCGUCCUUCAGGAAAAUUCGCAGCAGAGAUUCGCGAUCCUAACCGGAAAGGGACUCGGGUGUGGCUUGGGACAUUUGACACGGCAGUGGAGGCAGCGAAAGCGUACGACAGGGCGGCGUUUAAACUUAGAGGAAGCAAAGCGAGACUGAAUUUCCCGCUUGAAGCUGGCUACUCCAGCCCUUUUCCGGAGUAUGAACAACCUCAAGACUCGAGGGUAGAGAGAAUGGUUGAAGAUUAA